UAAAAGUUAUGUGAUCUGACGUUUUUCAUUCUUCAGGUUUUCGAUGUGACUUAAACAAUGUUGCGGGGUUCGCAAUCCAUGGGCAAAUUGAUUAUCAGGCCGAGCACGCUUAGUUCAAAAAUUUUACCCUAUGUUUCCAAAACCAGUGUAUAUCAUUUGAUUAGCAGGCCAGUCACAUCUUCGAGACUAAUUCACCAAAGUAGAGUUUCAUUAAAUGUAACAGAAUCAUACCAACAGAAGUUGACAGAGUUGCAGUAUUUGGGUGCAAGUCAGAAGAAUGAUACGUGGAGACCUCCUUUGAGAAUUAAGUCAAAAUCAGGACUCCUACGCAGGCUCAAAUCUGUAUUUCUACCUGGAGUGCACGAGUCAGAGCUGAUGCUGAAAGUGUACAAUGACAUCACUGAAAAUGCGGAUUUGUUUCAAAUUUGGUCACAUUGUGGAAUGCCGGAUAGGUUUACCUCUUGGAUCUACAUGGUCUACAUGCACGUAUGGUUGUACAUUAUAGCCUUGGAACAAUACGAGGGUACAAAACGGUGCAGAAAUUUUCUCAUAAAACACAUGUGGGCUGAUAUCGAAGACAGGCGACGUCUUCUAAAAACAGCGACAUUUUGGCGAAAAUCGGAUUUGCAGAAUUUAAAUCUGGUUUUUCGGAAUUUCAUUAUGCACAUGGACAUUGGUUACUUGCAGACUGAUGUUGAAUUGGGAGCUGCAGUGUAUAAGUGGAUCCUGAACAAUCAUCACAAGGGUUUAGAUGGCAAGCUAGAGGAGGGAGUUCAGUUGAAAAAUACUCACGUCAGUUCGACGCCCGAUGUAACCCUAGAAGGCGUAGAGCUGUUAGUGAAAUAUAUUCGUUUUCAUGCCAAGUACCUCACAGAACUGCUUCCAGAAGACCUUCUGCUAGAGAGAAGUCUGAUCAACGAGCAUUUUGACCCUGAAAUUGACAAAGAAACUGUUGGAUGGAAACCUUUGCGAUUUUUCUUGAAUCAAAGAGACUAACUUUUGUUGCCUUAGAAAAUAGCUAACGAUAGGUCUUGGAUAAUUUAGGUUUGUUUUUCA